AUGAAGGAAGUAAGACAGGCCAGCAGUGCGGUUCCAUUGGAGAAAGGGGAAAUCAACCCUGUGUUCAUCAACAGUCAAAAGGGAUACACUGAAGGAGAAAAAAAAGCUGUUUUAUCAAGGUAUAAAAAUCUCUUUGCCAGUGCAGCCAAGAUCGCAAGAAGAAAUAGAAAACAAUAUAUACAAAAGAGCUUGGAUGGGGCCCCAGACAAAGAUCGCAUGUCCCUCAUUGCUAGAGUGAAAAGAGACAUCAAAGAGACAGAAAAAAAUAAUCUCAGAGACAUUGCUAGAAAUAAGAAGAAAUUUCAUGAAGUUAAAGAAGACUUCAUAUUUUCCAUUCCACCCAGCCCCAAUUAUACUUCUUGA